CCCUCAACUCUCCAUGUUAAACGGCAGGAUUCUCCUUUCUCAGCGACUCACUUCACACAGCGCUGUCAUCAUGGGCUCAAAGGUGCUCCGGGAGCCGGUAGAGAUCGCUCAGCUGUACCGGGAUCAGUGUCGGUUCCCCGCCUUGUGUCGCGCUGACGUGGGUCCCGUGGUGACGUCACGAUACGGAGGACAGUACUGCAACAUCUACACAGAGUGGACUCAGCGGGACCUGGAGAGGAACGAGAGUGUGAAGUUCUGUCGUCAGUACAUCGUGUUUCAUGACGAGGCGUCAGUGGUUUACUCCGGACCCUCGGGGAACUGCACUGAAAUCAAGGGAGAGCUGCUCAGUGUGGAUUCCCCAUCCGGAGACAUGAAGGCUGUGCUGAGAGAGUCCAGCAUUAAAGGAGAAGAGAAGCAGUUCCUGGAGAUCUGGCACAAGAAGAAGCUGAAGUGUCUUAAUCUGACGACUCUCAACAAACACGGCAAAGUGUAUGAAGAUGAUCAGUUCGGCUGUAUGGUCUGGUCUCAUUCAGAGACUCACCUCCUGUAUGUUGCUGAGAAGAAACGACCCAAGACAGAGUCCUACUUCCAGGCUCCGGAGACGGGCGCGCUCAGCGAUGAGGAGGAGGCCGGCCGCACGGGCAAGAAGGAGGAACCCAGCCUGGGGCAUCAGUUCGAGUACUACGAGGACUGGGGUGAGGCGCUGGUGGGUAAGAGCAGCCCGGUGCUGUGUGUGCUGGACGUCGAGGGCGGCAACAUCACGGUUCUGGAGGGAACGCCCUCCGACAUCUCUCCAGGACAGGCGUUCUGGGCCCCCGGCGACACCGGGCUGGUGUUCGUGGGCUGGUGGCACGAGCCGUUCAGACUGGGGCUCAAGUACUGCGCCAACAGAAGGUCGUCUCUGUUUUACGUGGAUCUGGCUAGUGGCAAAUGUGACCAGUUGUCCUGUAACUCCAGCUCCGUCUGCUCUCCUCGGCUCAGUCCUGAUCACUGUCGCAUCGCUUAUCUGGAGUCCGGCAUCUUCGGCCCUCACCAGCAGUGCAGCCGACUGUGUGUGUAUGACUGGUACACCCAGAAGACGAGUGUUGUGGUCGAUGUGCAGACGAGAGCCAGAGAGGAUGGUUUUACUGGGAUCUACAGCUCGAUGCUUUCUCCCCGCUGCUGGUCAGCUGACAGUCAGCGUGUGCUGAUCUCCUGCGCUCAGAGAUGCCGUAAGGAUCUGUUGGUUGUUGAUACUUCGAGUCGCGAGGUCACGUCUCUCACCUCCCAAUCUCAGGAAGGAAGCUGGAGUUUACUGAAUAUUCACAGAGAUCUGAUGGUGAUCAGCUGCUCUUCACCAAACCAACCUCCAGACCUGCGCGUGGGUUUUCUGCCGGCGAAGGGUUCUGGAAGCCCGGUGUCGUGGGUCACGCUGGAGGAGACUCAAACUCAGGACCAGAUCAGCUGGAAGACCCUGAACCUCAGCCCUCCUCCUGAGCAGGACAACACACUCUACCCUGGUUUGGACUUUGAUGCGAUUCUGCUGAAGCCAAAGGAGACGGAGGGAAGCAAACUGCCUCUCAUCGUCAUGCCACACGGCGGCCCUCAUUCAGUGCUGGUGACAGAGUGGAUCUUGUCCACAGCGGUUCUGUGUAAGAUGGGCUUCGGCGUCCUGCUGGUGAAUUACAGAGGCUCACUUGGGUUUGGUCAGGAUAACAUCUCCUCCUUACCUGGAAACGUCGGUACGCAGGACGUCAGAGACGUGCAGUUUGCGGUAGACAGUGUUCUGAAGCUCGGAGACUUCGACGAGCAGAAGAUCGCUGUGAUUGGAGGAUCUCACGGUGGAUUCCUGGCCUGUCAUCUGAUUGGCCAGUAUCCUGAGGUUUACAAGGCGUGUGUGGCUCGAAACCCCGUCACAAAUCUGGCCUCCAUGAUCGGCAGCACAGACAUUCCCGACUGGUGUAUGGUGGAAGCUGGAUAUGAAUAUAACACUGACAUUCAUAUUGAACCUGCUACUCUGGAGCAAAUGUUAAACAAGUCCCCAAUAAAACACGUGAGCAAGGUGAAAGCCCCAGUCCUCCUGAUGUUGGGUGAGCAGGACAGGCGUGUUCCCAGUAAGCAGGGUGUUGAGUACUACCGAGCGCUGAAGGCGUUGCCGGUGCCGGUGCCGGUGAGAUUGCUGUGGUACCCAGGCAAUAAUCACGCUUUGUCCAAAGUUGACGCAGAAUCGGAUGGGUUCGUAAACGCCGCUCUCUGGGUCAUCCAACACCUUUCUCUGUGAUGUCACUUCCUCCACAUAAACCAUA